AUGUCCUUCAAUUGUGCUAACAACACUUCCUCGCGGAGUCUUCCAUUCGAGCCAUCUAACAAUAUCGUAAACACAAUAAAUGAGGACGACCCCCAUAUCAAGGGUCAAGCUUUUCUCAACUUGAACAUCACUGCUAAACACGAGGACGACAGGUAUGUCGAAAUAAUGUCCGCCAUUGCCGCCACCGAAAAAACCGAACUGGAGCGAUGCAACCAACGCAACCGAUGUGGCGCGCUUGCACCCGAAAGCACACUCGAUCAUAAAUUCGAUCGGUUGCUCUCGGAGGUGCACGGUCUGCGGGAUCAAAUUGGAGAUCGCAUCGAAACGCUGAAUCGUCGCCUUACGCAAACAAAUCGACUGUUCCUGGCACAUCAAGACUAUGGGCAACGUUCGAACCGGGCCGGUGAUCUGCUGCUAAUAGGCGUCCCGGCGACCCUGCAGGGCGACGGUCUGCGCGAGUGUUACGUGCGUAUUGCCCGCCGACUGGGAUACACGGAGAGCGAGAUCCCCAUCGUGCAUAUACGACGCCUCGAUCUCGGACCAUCGGCGCCGGAUGUUAAACCCUCCCGGUAUAGUAUAGCCGUGCUGGACAAUCUCGCAAGGACUCGUGUCGGGAAGUUACGUGCGGGCGUAACCGAACCUACCGUACAGCCACCAGCCGUUCACGUGCAGUUUGUGUUUCGGAACGCGCGAAAUGAGUUUUAUCGCCGGUACCAGGAGGGUGGUAAGGCUGGAACUGGGUUGGCACUGCCGGACUUGGGUUAUAGCGGAUCGGACGGUCGAGUGUUUGUGAGUGAAAAUCUAACCCGGGGUAACGUCAGCCUUAAGGCGGAGGCAAUGCGUCUGAAACGCGAUGGCAAGAUUAAAAGCGUGUUCACGGUGAACGGGCAGAUUUACGUGAAGCGAACGGUUGAUCAUCGACCGGAGUUGGUCACCAGUAGCGUCGAUCUGUUACUGCUAGAUGAAACGAAGUUGAAAGCAAACAAAGAUUGUUACCCGCGGGUACUGGAGCACAUCAUCAACACACAGUCACCGCAAGUGCUGUGCCGAGAUUACAAGGAGAUUCUGGGCACGCUUGACAUCAUCUCCACCGAUUCAGAUGAGUCCGUACGGCUAUACCUGGCCUGCUGGCUGCACAAGUACUGUGCCAGCUGGUUCGAUCGAGACCAAGACCUGCAAAGCAUAUUCAGCAAAGCGUUCCUGGAGAAGAUACUGCAGAUCAUCGUCCGUUACCUAACAGACGAGCCGAAUGUUCGUGCUUCGUCAUUCGAAUCGCUGACGUAUCUGAUUGAGAAAGGCUACCUAGACCGGGCGACCACGCUUAAGCUGAACAUCGUCGAAGAGCUGGUCAGCAAACCGAUCAAUGAGCAGUUCAUGGACAUGUGCACCAACUACAUCCAUCUGAUGGUAAAGAUUGCCCCGCUGGUGGGAUGCGCCAAGACGCACGAGCUCCUGUACAGUCGCUUCGUGAAAAUGUGUACCUGCAAGAUCAACUUCGUCCGCAAGGAGUGUGCCACCGCCUUUCCCGUGAUGUGCGAAGUCUUAGGCAACGAAGUGUUCGAAAAAAAUCUGCUGCCAAUAUUCAUGAAAUUGUGCGAGGAUGAAAUUUGGACCGUACGCAAGGCGUGUGCGGAGGUGAUGCCUUUCAUUGCACUGCUUUGUACGCUGGAGAAACGUCGCAAGGUCCUGGUGCCAGCAUACAAGAAGUUCAUGUUCGACACGAGUCUUUGGGUGAUCAAGGCGGCACUAAAGAAUCUGGGUCGGUUUUUGGCAACGUUCGCGCAGCUGCAGAUAUUAGGGCUUGCGUACAAUGGCAGCCUGGAGCUGUCGAUAACGAAUGCGGCCGACGAAGCUUUCUCCGAGCUGAUGGGGAAUGCGCGGCAACUUGCCCACGGCAGCCAGCAACCGGCUGCGAGUGUGCUGUUGAAGAAUUUCGAGUCGUACGAGCAGCGGUUCAAGGAAUCGAUCCAGCGCCAUGCGCUGCUGUCGCUGGUGAAAUCUGCCGAUGAUGAAGGUCCAGCGUGGAAGUCAUCUUCACCGCGAUCCGAGGAUCGGAUCAAUGUGGAGGCAUACCUCGCGUCGCUCGUGUUUGUCGAGGAGCAUCUGUCCCAGCGUCAGUCGACCGGUUCAACUUCGGACGAUGGCGGCGGUGGUAUAUCGAAGAUAGCCGACUUUUACUACGUGCGCCACAAAUCGCUUUCGUCCAGCUCGUCGAUCGCGUCGACGUCGCCGACACCGUCACCGCUGUAUCGCGCCAACCAGAGCUACGAUGAAAAGAAUCCGCUUAAUCGCUUCAUGCGUUACUGUUCGCCGCUCAAGAACAAUUUCGAGCACGCGUUCGUCAACCCGUCAGGAAGCGAUGGUGGAGAUCAGGGUGGUGGUAGCGAUGCCUUCGACAACCAUGGUCACUGGGACUCGGAGGACGACAACUACGGUUCCAACCAUCUGCAUCAUCUGCCGGACCUUAGUUUGGCCGGUGCGGACAUUGAGGGUGGUGGUGGUGGCAGUGGAGUGAUCUAUGACAGCGAUAACCCAAAGCACCAGCAGGCGGACGGAGGUGGAGCCGAAGCAGGAGGGCUGGACUUUAUCCUGGAGGCAGGCGAAGAAGACGAAAAUGCGAUCGACGAAUGCUUCAAUUCGCAUCAAUUCUGGUACAUUAGCCCGGGUCUUGCCUUGGAUUUGGAGUUCAUCGACAAAGAGGAAACAGCGACGGGCGAUGAGGAAAAGGAGGAAUCCGAUGCGAGCAAUAAUAACAUUCAAGAGGUCAAUGAGCGUGCUAGUGUGGAAGGCAAAGCUGGUGGAACGCCAGCAGUAACAGCAGCAGCAGUUGGGAUGGCGGCAGAAGAUAGCAGAAACAAUAACCUGAUGCAGCAGGGCACCAGCGCUAGCAGCACCAGCAGUGAGUCGGCUCCGGUUGGUGAAACGGGCUCUUCUUCGGCCGCCAUGGUAGUGGAAGACAACGAGAACCAAAAUGAUAGCGACUCUAGCUACGGAAGCAUCAACAACAACGAGACCGAGAACAACAAACUGAUCUACCUGUACGAGGAUCUCCUACCGUCCCAAUCACAAGCGCAAUCCGCAUCCACAGCACAGGCGGGAGGCAACAAUAACAACGGUGCUGGCAGUGGUAAUGUCCCGGGGACGUCCGGUGGUGCCGGCAGUAGCAGUAGCACAGUAACACCAACAAUGACGACGGUGGAACGAAUCCGAGCUGCAGAACAGCUGAAGACGCUCAUCCGCUGGGAGAACGAGGAAGUUGAGUGGAAUCUGCUCGAGGACUUCCUGCACAUGAAGAACGUCAACAAGGAGCUGUGCCAGGACUGUGCGUACAACUUUCCCGCCGUGGUGCUCACGUUCGGUGACAAGUUUUGGCCCAUUUUGAAUCGCUACUUCUUUGACCUGUGCGCCGACAUUCAGGAUUCGGUUCGACGCACGAUGGCCGCAUCGAUCAGCAAGAUAGCGCUUAUUAUCGGACGUGAACAGGCAACGCGCGAUUUGGUACCAUCGUACACGGAGUUUCUGCUGGACGCGGACGACAUCAAGUUUGAGGUGGUGCGCACGCUGGCCGAGUUCCUGCGCGUGAUCGAUGCAUGCGAACACGAAACGCUGAUGAACCACCUUGGCAUGUGUUUGCAACCGCCGCUCAAUAUGAUGAACUGGCGCUUCCGGGAGCUGGCUGGCCAACAGAUUGUGGAACUGGCGCGCAUGCACACUGCGAUUCGUAAGGAGAACUGUCUGCUCUUCCUGACUGGUCUUGCGAUGCGGCUCAUGCUGGACAAGUAUGACAGUGUCCGAAAGGCUGGCAUCGAUGCGUUCGUUGAAUGCAGCCACGAGUUCCAACAAAACGACAAGGUGUUUGAGUUCUUCAAUAAGCACUUUGCCUUCUUUAGCAACUGGCGUCGCCGUCAGACGUAUGUGAUAGCGGCUGGAAAAAUGCUCGAGACUGAUCGUGUCGAAGUAAAAAUCUUCCGCAAACAUGUGUUCAACAAUGUACUCAAAUUGGCCGACGACGCGGUGCCGAACGUUAGAAUACAAGUCGCCAAGUGCCUCAAGGAAAUCAUUGCCCCCCAUCCCAAAUUUGCAAACGAUCCCCUGGUCGAACCGACGCUGCAGAAGCUGCGCACCGAUAAAGAUUGUGACGUGCGGGGCCAUGUAGACGGGUACCAGAGCCUUGAGGAAGAAAUGGCAGCAGGCGGUAGUGGUGGUGGUUCGGGCGCAUCCAACGCCAGCACAAUGAUGAUGACUUCGGGCGAAAGUGAAUCGCAUCAGGACGCAUCGUCGCCAUCGACCGGUUCGCUGGCCGAAUCAUCCGUUUCGUCGCAUCUUUCGUACGCCGAGGUUACGAGCGGUUACUUUGGUUCGGCCAUGUCCUCGCUUACGCUGGACGACCAUCAGUACUCCGGUGAGAUGCGGCACCAGCAACAGCAAGCCGAGGAACACGAGUUAAAGGAUGAAGAGGAGGAGGAGGAGGAGGAGGUAGAGCUUGCCGGUUCGUCCGAGCGUGGUGUCGAUGUAGCGAACGAGCAAAUUCCCGGCAUCGUGGAAAGGCCAAACGAGGAGGAGGACGAUGAUUGUGGUGAGGAGGCGAUCGAACAACCGACGUCUUCCAUGUCGACCGAUGACGAUGCGGCCUACUGUUCCGAGAUGGAAACAUCCUCGGCCGUCUCGACGCCAUCGGUGGCAACGGCGGCUGCCCUGGUUACCAUUCCAUCGCAGAAUGUUACGAUAACUAGCACCAUCAGCAGCAACAGCAGCCAAGUCGUGCCAUCGUCCGACAGCACGGACGACCUGUCGGAUCUGGUAAACGGUGAGACCGUUCCGACGUCACUACCCGCGCCGCCUACAGCAGCUAGCGAUAGUGCUGUGCCGAAGAAAGGAUCCGACACAAGUGCAGCAGGAACUGCGGGGGGCAACAGCAGCAGCAACACCAACAACACGUCCAAGAUCAGGGAUAACUUUUUCCGGAGACGCUCCAAAGGCAAGAAGUAA